CUUGAUUACUGUAUAGGUCUGGGAUUGCGCUCUUGAUGGUUUAUCCGGAUGGCGCUCAUUUGAAGUGGGCAUGUGGAAGCAACUCUUGCUGCGCCAGCGCACUGCCGCGAUGGCCGCGGUGUCGGCUGCUUGGACUGCAUCGGCUGUCACCUGCUCGUCCGACGACAAGAUGACCCCGCCAGAACUCACAGCCUACCUCAAACGGAACCUGGCUGCGUUCCGACAAGAGUUUGCCAAGUCCCAUCCAAACGUCCCGACGCACCCCAUCCAAGUCUCCCACCAAACGAAUGUGGUUCGCCUCUCCUUUCAAUCGCCGUCCAGCUCGACCGACACUCCCGUCCACCGCUUCCUCCGCGCAGUUGGCACUCCCGUUGAAGUUGUUCCCUCCCCGUACGUACACACCACGUCCUUGUUCUCUAUCUCAUCUACUUGUAGGACCGACGAUACCCUCAACUACAUCUUCACCGAUGCUUCGGGGUCGUUCCAAUGGCUCCCGACCAAGUCCAAGGACAACCUGUUCGUGCUGUUCAAGGACCUUCCGAUCUCCCGCACCGAAGCGGACGCUGUCUUGGCUGCGUACACGCACGCCUACUUGUCCCAUCGACCUGUGACGCCUAAAGCUUCAUCCGAGGGGGCGAUCGCGACGCUCCAGCAGCUCGGACUGGACGUGUACGAUUCGUCGACGUCGGGGGACCUGACAUGGGAUGCCUUGGCUGGAUAUGACGAAGUGAAGCGAGAAAUCGACGACACGGUCGUGUUGGCGUUGCAAAAUCCCAGUUUUUUCGAAAACAUUGCCAAACAUACACGGGCACGAUUCGAAUCCAACCGCCCGCGCGCGAUUCUGUUCGAAGGCCCGCCGGGCACCGGGAAGACGCUGUCUGCGCGGAUCAUUGCGUCGCAAGCCAAGGUGCCACUCAUCCACCUUCCCGUGGAGAGCAUCGUGUCCAAGUGGUACGGCGAGAGCGAGCAAAAGCUGGCCAAGAUCUUCGACGCAUGCGACCAACUCGAGACCGGCGCCAUCUUGUUCAUUGACGAGAUUGAUGCAUUGGCGUCCGAUCGAUCGUCGGGAACCAUGCAUGAAGCCACGCGGCGACUGCUGUCGGUUUUGCUGCAAAAGGUCGAGGGGUUUGCUUCGUCGCAGAAAGUGACGUUGAUUGCGGCCACGAACCGCAAGCAGGACCUCGACAGUGCGUUAUUGAGUCGAUUUAACCUGACGAUUCGAUACGAUUUACCCGACAAAGCCACAAGGGAGGCGGUAUUUCACCGGUAUGCCAAACAACUGACGGACGAGGACUUGCAUCAGUUGGCAGCUGCCACCGCAACGUGGUCGUGUCGAGAUAUCAAAGAGCUGUGUGAAUACACAGAGCGCAAGUGGGCGUCGCAGGUCCUACGCAAACAACAAGAUAGUCCCGUGCCGUCGGUGGAAGCGUACGUUGUGGCGGUCGAGCAUUAUACGGCGAAGCGACCAGCUACUAGUAUUACUAGUAGUAGUGUGCACAUCUAAACGACGGUCCUGUGCACUACAUAGCGUGCGAGUAAACCCUGAAAUAACAAGCUAGUACUUGCCGCCGAUGGCGGCGUCCUUCUUGUAAGCACA